GCCUCACAAUCCUCCCCAAACACACCACUGCUGUUUUCAGGUUACAUAUUGUGAGGUUGGCACUGCCUGGUCAUAAUCUCACCUUAUAUCAGAUUACUCUCUCUGCUUUCCCGUCGGAACCCUAAAGGCUUCAAAGCUAGCUCGUCACCGCUGACCCCACCAAAGCCAAAUCGUUCAUAAACCUCUCUGAUUUCGAUACUCCUCGCCCACCAUGCUUCACAACCCGAACAAUUGGCAUUGGGUCAAUAAGGAUGCUUCGGGCUGGACCAAGCAGUACCUGGAGCAGAACAUCAAAGGUAUCAAAGCCGAGGAGAAUGGAGUCACUGCUCAAUUGGAUAAGUUGAUCAGCAUGGACGGAGAUGUCGAUGUCAACCAACGCAAGGGCAAGGUCAUUACCAUCUUCGAUGUUAAGCUUGUCCUUGAAUACUCGGGCAAGACCAAGGACGACGAGGACGUUAGCGGCACAAUCACUGUCCCCGAGGUUGCGCACGAUACCGAAGAAAACGAGUAUGUUUUCGAGCUAGACAUCUACUCCGAUGCCAAUUCCAAAGCUCCUGUUAAGGACCUCGUCCGCUCCAAGAUCCUCCCACAAUUGAGAAAGGAGUUUGCGAAGCUCGGCCCUGCCUUGAUCGCUGAGCACGGAAAGGAUAUUCAACAUGCUCCCGGCUCCAAUCCAUCCAGCGGAUUUUCGACUCCCAAGUUGCAUGUUCCAACCUCAGCCCCAGCAGCCUCUGUGACUCAGACAACCAAGACCAGCUCCUCUAUCAAUACUACGACCGUCACUGACACCGAAGAGUUCCGCGCACCAGCCACAGAGCUCUACCAAACCUUCACCGACCCCCAACGCAUCUCAGCUUUCACACGCGCAGCACCCAAGCUCUUUGAGGGCGCGAAGAAGGGCGGCAAGUUCGAGCUGUUUGGAGGCAAUGUUGCUGGAGAGUAUCUUGAGCUCGUUGAGCCAACGAAGAUCGUCCAGAGUUGGAGAUUGGACCAAUGGCCAAAGGACCAUUACUCUCGCCUUGAGAUCAAUUUCGAUCAGAACGACGUAGACAAUGUUACCGUCAUGCGUGUCAGCUGGAGUGGUGUUCCCGUCGGUCAAGAGGAAGUUACCAAGCGUAACUGGAGAGAGUAUUACGUCCGCAGCAUCAAGCAGACAUUCGGCUUCGGCACAAUUCUUUGAAGUAGUGGAGGUAAGAGCGAUGUGACGAACAAAUGAGAUAACGACGGAGGCAUAAAUGAGGAUAUGCAAAAUCAAGUCCAGGUGCCCGCAAGGGGUCACCCGAGAUCUUCAGAGCGCCAGUAGACUUUGACCUGUCGAUGAACUCUGUUAAACUCUAAAUCUCGAAAACCCAAACUUUCACUACCAAGCCAAGGGCUGGACUGACGUCCACAGGUUUGAAUCAUGAGUUAUCUCUCGCACUUUGUACGAGAAUGUAGGUGACGUGACGGAUCCUGAAUAUCCCACAAAUCCCAUAUCAACAAACACCGUUUGUGCUCCAUACCAAUCAGAAUCGUAAAACAAAUACUGCCCAGCCCAAUCCUGCUUGCCGAAUCUCGUCCUGGUACCCAAAAAUGCACAUACACACACAUGCACACACACAUAUAUAUAGAUACAUAUAUGCAAGAAAGACAAAUGACUUAGCCUCGGUAUUAUGCAGUCAUUUCUCAUCCACAUGAAGCAUUGACCGUGCUGAUACUAAGCUCCGCAGGACACGCCGUCCAAACUCCCACGAGCAUGCGA